CUCAGAGUUGGCGAAGCUUCAUCUCCGCCAUUGCUAGACCUCUUUUAUCUCUGUCUCUCUGUCUCUGUAAAAUUUAGAGCUCGAAACGGAAGAUUCAAAUCAAUGGCGACAAGAUACUGGGUGGUCUCUCUUACGGUUCAGAACUCAGCAUCUUCUCAUUGGAACCGAUUGCAAGAGCAAAUCUCCAAGCAUUCCUUCGACACUCCUCUCUACAGAUUCAAUAUUCCUAAUCUCCGUGUUGGAACCCUAGACUCUCUCCUCUCCCUCAGCGAUGAUCUCGUAAAGUCAAACAGUUUUGUAGAAGGAGUGUCGCACAAGAUCAGGCGUCAGAUCGAGGAAUUGGAGAAGGUAUCGAGCGUGGAGAGCAAUGCUUUAACCGUGGAUGGAGUACCAGUUGAUUCUUACCUCACUAGGUUUGUUUGGGAUGAAGCAAAGUACCCAACUAUGUCGCCCCUGCGGGAGGUUGUGGAUAGUAUUCAUGGUCAAGUGGCAAAGAUUGAAGAUGAUCUCAAGGUUCGUGUUGCUGAAUACAACAAUGUGCGGAGUCAGCUUAAUGCUAUAAACCGAAAGCAAAGUGGAAGCUUAGCUGUGCGGGAUCUCUCAAAUCUAGUGAAACCAGAGGAUAUAAUUACCUCAGAACAUCUAGUGACUCUCCUCGCAGUUGUUCCAAAGUAUUCACAGAAAGACUGGUUGGCCAGCUAUGAGACUUUGACUAGCUAUGUGGUCCCCAGGUCCUCCAAAAUGUUGUAUGAGGAUAAUGAAUAUGCACUUUAUACUGUAACACUCUUUCGUCGUGUUGCAGACAAUUUUAGAACAAGUGCACGUGAAAGAGGUUUUCAAGUUCGUGAUUUCGAAUAUAGUCCGGAGGCACAAGAGAGUCGGAAACAGGAGUUAGAAAAACUAAUGCAUGACCAGGAAAGUUUGAGAAGUUCUCUUUUGCAGUGGUGCUAUACCAGUUAUGGGGAGGUUUUCAGCUCCUGGAUGCAUUUUUGUGCUGUACGUGUUUUUGCAGAGAGCAUUCUGAGAUAUGGUCUCCCGCCGUCUUUCUUGGCGUGUGUUUUAGCUCCGUCAGCAAGAAGUGAGAAGAAAGUACGCACAAUCCUUGAAGGGUUGUGUGACAAUGCAAACAGCACAUACUGGAAAACUGAAGAUGAAGUUGGAGGAGUGAUGGCUGGUCUGGGAGGUGAUGCUGAUGCCCAUCCAUACGUUUCCUUCACAAUCAAUCUCAUAUGAUCAGUGCUGAAUCUGAGUUCCUUGUCUGUUACGAAGUCCUAUUCCGAUGAUUCCUCUGGACAGCAAUAAGAAAUGGACAGGAUUCAGUGAGUGUAUAUUAGGUUUAGUAUCCUAAUUCUUUGGUUGUUUAGAUAGAGUUUCAGCUUUGGGAGUUUAAUCGAACGAGGGUGAAAUCCGUGGGGAAGGUUUGGUCCACAGGAAUUUGUAUAAGAUUUAUUUUACUAACUUUCAGUAUCUUGCAUUUGAAAAGCUUCAAAAUAAUGCUUUUGGUGUAUUUCUAUGAUUAUAUGAUAUUAAUUAUUUAAAGAUGCAAUCAAUUCUUGCCA